AUGAUUUGGGUCAUGAGAAGUCCAUUGCUUCUGACCUUGUUGGGAUGUUUGCAGUUGCCAGUUGAUUCCUUUAUUGCCGGUCCCGCCGUCCCAUUGCUCAAGAAUGGAGCAACCUCUUCUUCUUCCAAGAACAACCAUCUUUUGUUUUCAUCCCCCUCCAACACGGAUGUUUCCGUUGCGCCCUCCUCCAACCAAGAAGAUGACGACGACGACGACCGAGAAGCAUUUCUAGAAGAAUCCAAACGCCUUUCCAACGAACGCAAUCUACCCUUGGAACAUGUGUUGAAUGGUCGUGACUUGGCAUCCUGUCGAGGUUCGCCCAUUCAACCAGGUCGCGUUUUCCGAACGGGUCGCCUUAGUGAAGCCGAUUUGGACGAUGUUCACAUGCUCAUGGACGAACUCGAGUUGAAAACUUUGAUUGAUUUGCGAUCGCCCACCGAACUCAAAGAUGAUGAAAAGUUGAUGCGACAAGAUGUCUUUGGCAAUUUUACCACGGUCGUUUGGAGAGAUCGCGGAAGACGCAAGGAAGGAUGCGUCCGAGUGCUGUCCGAAGGAGAGUUCCCCGUCAAGGAACGAUUUUGGAAGAAACGACGCACGACAGAAGCACAAAAUAUGGUGGACAAUGUUAUUUUGGGAAGUGAUCAAUAUCCCAUUACCACCAUGGAAGACGACGACGAAGACUGCGAUUGUUGUGAGGAUUCUGGUGCCAUUCUAGCCAACCAGUUUCAUUCCACCAACUUUAACCGACGAAAUCGCAACGAACGCAUGUUUGUGUCACUCAUGAAUGAGUUCAAAUACGUCAAGGGAACAGUGUCUAAAUUGCGAAAGCGGGAUAUUCUCCGUACUCUGCUCAAAAGUCCGGCAUCCAUAUUUUCCCGCCGGGCUCGCAAAUCCAUCAAAAAGCCAUUCUUGAAGGAAAUCAACGUGGGUGGGCUGCAGCUUCUCAACGAACUCUUGUUUCGAUACGGAGCACCCGGAAUCAAGUUUGUCUUGGAAGUUUGUGCCGAUACCAGUCGGCAUCCCGUGGCAUUCUACUGUACGGCAGGCAAGGAUCGAACGGGGGCCAUUGCUGCCAUUAUUCUGGCGUUGUGUGGUGUGGAAAUCGAGCACAUUGUAGAAGACUACUCGUUAUCGGCCAAUGUCUAUGCCGAAAUGGGAGAUCAUCAAGCCAUGGUGGGGGCACUGUCACAACGAAGUUUGGAUCCAAAAGUCUUUUUGGGUGCACCGCCACAAGUCAUGAAAGAUACCCUUCUGGCCAUUCAAGAACGAUACGGCAGUGUCGAAGGAUACUGUGACUGGAUUGGGUUUGGACCCGAAAAGCAAAAGCAGCUGCGAGAUGCUUUACUGAAGUAA